CACUGAUGGGCAUUGACAGGCAUCACUGAUGGGCACUGAAAGGCAGCACUGACACUGUUAGGCGGCACUGACUGGCAAUGAUAGGUGGUGGCACUGAAAGGCAGCUCAGAUGGGCACUGAUAUGUGGCAUUGAUGUGCACUGGUAUGCACUGAUAUGUGGCAUUGAUGUGGCACUGAUAGGCACUGGCACAUGGCACUGAUGGACUUUGACAGGUGGCACUGCUGGGGCUACACUGAUCAUCAGGGCACACUGAU